AUGGGGCUGGCACAGUGCCUGGCAGCUGCCUUCCUCUUCCUCCUUCUCCUGGGUCUGACCAGUGCCCAGCGGCUGGUGACAGUCCAGGAGGGCCCUCUCUACCGCACGGAGGGCUCCCACAUCACGCUGUGGUGCAAGGUGAGCGGCUACCAGGGCCCGGCGGAGCAGAACUUCCAGUGGUCCAUCUACCUGCCCUCGGCCCCCGAGCGGGAGGUGCAGAUCGUCAGCACCGUGGACCCCUCGUUCCCCUACGCCAUCUACACGCAGCGCGUGCGCGGCCGCGGCAUCUUCGUGGAGCGGCUGCAGGGGGACGCCGUGCUGCUGCACAUCACCGAGCUGCAGGAGCGCGACGCCGGCCAGUACGAGUGCCACACGCCCAACACCGACGAGAGGUACUUCGGCAGCUACAGCGCCAAGACCAGCCUCACAGUGAUUCCAGACACACUCUCGGCUUCCAUGGCACCCCAGGCCCUCAGUCACAUGGAAGGGGAUGUGGUGGAGCUGACCUGCGAGGUGUCCAAGGCCACUGCCCAGCACACCCAUCUCUCCGUUGGCUGGUACCUUCUUCAGGGAGCAGCAGAGCAGCCUGCCAAGGAGAUCCUCACCCUCUCCAAGGACUUCAUCCUGAAGCCAGGGCCCUCUUAUGAGCAGAGGUUCCUGGAGGGGGAUGUGCAGCUGAACAAGGUUGGGAACAGCACGUACAAGCUUGUCAUCAGGGGAGUGAAGCCAUCUGAGCAGGGGCAGCUGUACUGCGAGGCAGCCGAGUGGAUUGAGGAUCCUGACAAGACAUGGAAGGACAUCUCCCGCCACCAAACUCAGAGGACUUGGCUGGCAGUGUUGAGCCGGGGCACAGAGCUCUCCGUGGACCUCACUGCCACGGAACCCUCCCUUUCUGAAGGGGACACCUUGCAGCUCAGCUGUGUGCUGGAAGCCCCAAAGAGCAGCAACUUCAAGGUGCUCUGGCUCCUCAAUGACAUGGAAGUGGCCAGGGUUGAUCCCCACGGGGUGUUGACCUGGCAGGAAGAAUACGAGGAGAGAGCCAGGCUGGGGCAGCUGCGAGCAGUCAAGCCCAGCAACACAGUUUAUGUUUUCACCAUCUCUGAGGUGGGGCUGCAGGACAAGGGCACCUACCAGUGCUCUGUGUCAGAAAUGAAGACUCCUGGAGACUUGCAGAGCAUCCAGACCGUUGUGUCAUCAGGCAUCCAAGUGGAUGUGAAGCCAGCAGAGAGCCACCUGCGCCUGUCUGUGUCCACCAGCACCCCACGGGUGACAGCAGGAGACCCCCUCACGCUGCACUGCGAGGUGCAGGGAGCCACGGGCCCCGUGUCCCUGCGCUGGUGGCACCUGUCCCCGCAGCAGCCGGGGCACAGGGAGCUGGUGGCUGCCAUGGAGCGGGACGGCACCCUGAGCCUGGGCGGCGCCUACCGGGACAGCGGGGCUCGGGGCAGCCUCAGGCUGCAGAAAGAGAGCUCUGGCACCUUCACCCUGGUGAUCCCCAGCACACUGGACGAGGAUGAUGGCGGGCAGUACCGCUGUGAAGCCACACAGUGGGCCCGAGGUCGCAACUGGACAGGCAAGGGAGAGGCAGCGGUGACCGUCACCUCCAUGGGUCUGGGUCUGCAGGCCACGCUGAGAAGCCGAAUGGCCACGGUCCCUUACGGGCAGAGUUUUGAGCUCUUCUGCCAGGUGUCUGCCAGCUACGCCCUGCAGGAGGUGCCGGUGUCUGUGCGGUGGCGUUUCCAGCCCAGCCCGCCCGCGGGUCCCUUGCAGGAGCUGGUCCAGGUCCUUGCCAAUGGCACUGUGCUCUGGGGGGCAGCACAGCCACGCUUCCAGGGGAAAGCCCAGCUGGCCAACACUGACAGCUCCUUCAGGCUGCACGUCCACAGCGCCUUGCCUGCCAACGAGGGGAUGUACCAGUGUGAGGUGGAGGUCUGGAGGAGGAACGUCCUGCCCCUGGGGCAGCCAGCAGCCAGCACCAGCUCCAAUGCCGUGGGAAUAAGAGUGGUGCUGCCAGAGAGCAAGCUUCAGGUUGAUAUGAAAGACAGCUCUGUGGAAAUUGCCAGUGGUAAUGCAGCCAUUCAGUGCAGGAUUGUGUUUGCCCAGGAAAACUCACAGUUUGCUGUUACCUGGUACCUCCUGCCUCCUCUGGCAGACACAAAACCCCUGCAAAUCCUCAGGGCCAACCACAGCAGCGUACUGGAGUACGGGUCUGAAUUCAGCUCUCCUGCACAACAGUCCCGCUUCCUGAGCCAGAGGGUGUCCAGCAGCCUAUUCCAGCUGCAGAUCCUGUCUGCAAACCUGGGGGACCAGGGCAGCUACUACUGUGUGGUGGAGGAAUGGCUCUGGCUGGUGGAUGGCUGGUACAAGCUGGGAGAGGGAACAUCGGGAAGGACCACGCUGAAGCUCAAACUCUCAGAGCGCGAGCUGCAGAUGGAGGAAACCAACGGCAGCAUCUCCGCGCGGGAGGGCGAGGAGGCCACGCUGCCCUGCCGGCUGCAGGGAGCCCCCCUGCCCCGCUCUCGGCUCUCAGCCACCUGGUUCCAGGUGCGGGGCGGCGGCCGUGACGGUGCCCUGCUGUCCCUGCGGCGCGAUGGCACCGUGCAGUACCCUGAGGGGCCCCUGGCAGCCAGGCUGUUCCUGCGCCGCCCCUCGGCCCGCGACUUCAGCCUGACGCUGAGCAGCGUGGAGAGCGGAGAUGCUGGGGCGUAUUACUGCCAGCUGCAGCAAUGGCAGCAGCAGGGCGAGGGCAAGGACUGGGCUGUGCAGGCCUUGGCAUGCUCAGGGCACACCCAGCUCAUCGCCAUCCCGCCAGAGUCAACUGUUUUGUCUAGGAUCUGCUCAUCCCCACCACUGCUGAACUUCAUCUUAUACUUACCACUGGUUCUGAUCCUUCUGCUGGCCCUUGCUCUCUUCUGCUGGUACUGCAAAUUCAGGAAAAGCAAGAAAAGCAACAUCACUGGAUGGAUGAUGGAACUGUACGGGAAUGAAGAGGCCAAGAAAACUGAGCUGGACAGCUGA